AUGUCUGAGACAUCAACGUGCCCUCUUAACAAUUUCUUUGAAAUAGAUGAAGAAAAUGAUUUAGAUGAAUUAAAGUCUAAAGAUACUGAUAUAUAUAGAGAAAGUUUUUUAACAUAUAUUUAUAAGCAAUUUGAAUUUUGCUGUACCAAUUUUUUUGAUGAAUUUGAAGGAAAAAAAAAAAAAAAAAAUAAUACAAAAAGGAAUUAUUUACAAGAUUAUAUCAAAAAAAAUAAAGUUUCUGAAUUCAAUGUCUUUGAUAAAAUAAUUAAAAGAAAUGAGGACAUAAUAAACGAAGUACCUUUGGAUUCGAAGUAUUUUAGCCCACAUGCCGACUGGUGUGAGUGUGCACAUGAAUUAGACAUAGAACUAAAAGAGAAAGAAGUGGAAUUCUGUAUUUUUAACUUCUUUUUAAAAAUGUAUAGAUCUGAACCAAGAGACAAAGAUUUAAUUUUGUCUACUAUUUUAGAAUGCUUAGAUAAUAAAAAAGAUUUUAAAAUAAAAUACAAUGCUAUGAAGAGCAAAAUGAACUUUUUAAAAGAAAUAAAAAGUAUUGAAACAAGUAAUUUUAAAGAGACUAUAAACGAGUUAAUUAACACGAUUGAAAAUACAGAUUUUAUUCAUGUUAACGAUAAUGAAAAUUUUUAUUUUAAAUUAUAUAUUAUAAUAAAAAUUAAAUAUCAAUAUGGUAUUUAUAUAUUUAAUUGUGAUGAAACAUAUGACAUUAUAGUAAUAGAUUUUAAUACUUAUAAUGAUAACAAGCCCAAAAUAUUGAGUUUUUAUACUCUCAGAAAAUUCAUAUCAUUUUUAAAUAGUAUACAUGCAAUUCAUUUUAAUGAUAAAAAUGUGCAUGACUCAUUUCCUAUUUUUUUUUAUGAAUCUAAAGAAUGCUAUACGUUGUCUCACAAACAUUUAUCUCUUAAAUCGUAUAUUGACAAAAUAAAAAGAACGAAGUUUGAGACAAGCAAUAUUUCAAGCGAUCAUGAAAGUGUAGAAACAUAUAAAAAUCAGGGUAGUUACGAAUCUGAAACACAACAAAAUUAA